AUGAUGAGGAUGAAUCUGAAUCUUGUUCCGUUCAUGAUUCUGAUUGAAACUGUAUUACUAUUUAUUACGAUGCUGCUGUUGGCAGGAGGAGUAGGAGGAGAGGUGAAGUGCGCAGAGCGGGAGAGGCGAGCAUUGCUGGAUUUCAAGGCCGCCAUGGUUGAUGAUUAUGGCAUGCUCUCGUCGUGGAAGGGUCGUGAUUGCUGCCAUUGGAACGGUGUUGGCUGCAGCAACCUCACUGCCCAUGUAAUCAGUCUGGACCUUCACGGUGACUCCAUCGGAAAUGAAUAUUUCUACUUUGAACGAUUUUUGAGAGGUAAGAUUCCCAGCUCGUUAGUGGCAUUGCAGCACCUCAGGUACUUGAACCUCAGUUUCAAUGGUUUUGAAGACUACCAUAUCCCUGAAUUCUUUGGUAACCUCACCAGCUUGAGGUAUCUUGACCUGUCCAAUUGUUACUUUGAUGGAAGAAUUCCAAGUCAAAUUGGAUCUCUUUCACAUUUAACAUACUUGAAUCUUCAUGCGAAUAACUUAGAGGAUUCAAUCCCUUAUCAACUUGGAAAUCUGACCAAGUUGCAGUAUCUUGAUCUCUCAAGAAAUGCUUUACAGGGAAUAAUACCAUCUCAACUUGGGAACCUUUCAAGCUUGCAUGAGCUUUACCUUGACAGUACACGUGGUUCUCUCAAAAUGAAUGAUGAUGGACAAUGGUUAUCCACUCUUACCUCUUUAACCCAUCUUGACUUGCGCUCUAUAUUGAAUCUCAGCAUUUCUUAUAACUGGAUACAAGCCAUCAGUAAUAUCUCCACACUAAAAGAACUCAGCCUAUUCGAUUGUGCACUUUCAGAUCAUUUUAUCUCUUCACAAACACUAAGACUUUCCAAGUUCAAAUUUCCUAAUUCUCUUUCAAUCUUGCGUCUUUCUUAUAACACCUUCACUUCUUCCCUGUUAUUCCAAUGGUUGUCCAAUGUCACUUCCAACCUUGUUGAACUUCACCUUGAACUUGACCUUGUUUCCGGCCUCUUAAGGAGUUCCACACCUGCCACAUCAAAUCAUUUUGACAUCACAAUGCAAUCACUUGAGCGGCUUCACAUAUAUUAUUAUCAAAUCAGAGCCAGGGAUUUCAAAUCCUUUGCGAAUAUAUGCACCUUAUCUUUUUUACAGGUCUUUGGUAGCGAUUUGACUGAAGAUUUGGAAUCAGUUCUUCAUAAUCUCUCAGCUGGCUGUGUCACUCACUCACUUCAAGAGUUGUAUUUGGGCUAUAACCAGAUGACUGGCUUAAUACCUGAUGACCUUUCAAUAUUCCCAUUUUUAAAAGAGUUGGUCCUUUCGGGUAAUCAGUUAAGAGGGAAAAUACCUGACAAUAUCAGGUUGCCAUCUCAGUUGAAGGCUUUGUCCAUCAGUUCGAACUCUAUACAAGGUGGAAUUCCAAAGUCAUUUGGAAACAUAUGUAGUCUCGCAUCAUUAGACUUGUCCCACAACACUUUGACGGGAGAGCUUCCAGUUGCAAUCCACCACUUGUCUGGAUGCGCAAGAUACUCACUCCAAUAUUUGAAUCUCAAAGAUAACCAAUUCAACGGAACUUUGCCUGACAUCUCAAUUUUCCCAUCUUUAACUGAUUUAUAUUUGUCUCAAAAUAAGCUAAAUGGGAAGGUUCCUGAAGGAAUUCAAUUUCCGUCACAGUUGGAGACAUUGAUCAUGAACUCAAACUCUUUGGAAGGGGUGAUCACAAACUCUCAGUUUCAUAAUUUGUCUAAGUUGAAGGUCUUGGGCUUAUCUGGCAACUCCUUUGUUUUGAAAAUUAAUCGUGACUGGAUUCCACCUUUUCAGCUGCAAGCGAUAAUGUUGCAGCAUUGUAAAUUGGGUCCCUAUUUUCCAAAAUGGUUGAAGACACAGAAAAGAUUAAUGCGGCUUGAUAUUUCCAAUGCUGCCAUUUCGGAUAUCACUCCAAAUUGGUUUUGGGCUCUAUCAACAAGGCUAGUCAGCAUGAACAUUUCAUACAAUAAUCUCAGUGGUGUGAUUCCAGAUUUUCCAUUAAGAUUUACAGAAUACCCUUCCAUAUCUCUAGCUGUAAACCAUUUUGAAGGCCCAAUCCCGCCAUUUUUACGUAGAGCUCAAUCCCUUGAUCUCUCUAGCAAUAAAUUUUCAGAUUUGGCUCUUUUUGUAUGUACCAAUGAUACAGCUGAAAGAUUAGGCCAACUAGAUAUUUCAAAUAAUAUUUUCUCAGGCCAAAUCCCAAACUGUUGGAGCAACUUCAAAUCAUUGGCCUAUAUAGAUGUGAGUAGCAAUAAUUUCUCUGGACAAGUUCCCUCUUCAAUGGGAUUAGCUGUUAAGCUUCAUGUAUUGAUAUUGAGAAACAAUAGCUUGACAGGAGGGCUUCCCAUUUCACUGAAGAAUUGUACAAACUUAGUGAUGCUAGAUGCAGGAGACAACAGGUUAUCAGGAAUUAUUCCUCCUUGGAUUGGAAGCAGCUUACAACAAUUGGAGAUGUUAGGCUUGCGAGAAAAUCUCCUUUCUGGAAGUGUACCAUCAGCUUUUUGUUCUCUUACAAGCCUUCACUUCUUGGAUCUAUCAGGUAACCAUAUAAAGGGACAAAUUCCAAAAUGUUUCAAGAAUUUCACAGCAAUGGCUCAUGAAGAGAUCAUACAAGAUCCUUUCUCUCAUUCUUAUACUGUUCGCCACAUUAAUGGCCCCAGGUAUCUCUAUAAUUAUGACAUAAUUACUUUGUUGAUGUGGAAAGGUACAGAACAAAAUUUCAACAAUGAUAAGUUACUUCUAAAAGGUAUUGAUCUCUCAAGUAAUCACUUGUCAGGAGACAUUCCAUCAGAGCUUGAGAAUUUGGUGGAGCUAGUUUCAUUGAAUUUAUCAAGAAAUAACUUGACAGGAAAAAUUCCUUCAGGAAUUGGAAGGUUGUUAUCAUUGGAGUCUCUUGAUUUGUCAAGAAACCAUUUAUUUGGCUCCAUUCCUUCUAGUCUUGCACAAAUUAGUUUUCUCUCUGUGUUGGAUCUAUCACAUAAUAAUUUGUCUGGACAAAUUCCAACUGGCACACAGUUGCAGAGUUUCAAUGCCUCAAGCUACGAAGAAAAUCAAGGUCUUUGUGGGCUACCUCUUGAAAAGCUGUGUUUUGUAAAAGAACCGCAUCAAGAAUCUGUGGUUAAAACCCAACAUGAGAAUGAUGGUUUUAUUCAAGCAUUCUUUGCAAGCAUGGGAUUGGGAUUCUUUGUCGGAUUCUGGGGGAUCUUUGGCACUAUUCUCUUCCAUCGCUCAUGGAGACAUGCUUACUUCCGGUUCUUGAACAACAUAACAGAAAAAGUUAUGUCAAGGUGGCAACGGUGGUGA